CAGCCCUGUUCGUAUAUGAUGCAUUCAAAUUGUGGGAUAUAAGAACCUGGGAUCUCCAUGAUUGUGGAUUGAUUGUGGAUUGAUUCUGGCAAUCAAUCACUUGGCUUUCUUCUUCGCAUCGUGCCUUCGAUUCCGCGGCAAGGCAGUGGCAUUCCUUCUCGUUUCGCCUUCAGCACCACAAAGGAAAGAUACAACGGCUGGUGCCUGCUCAUUUGUGUCUGCUUCGCCGCUGAAGAUUUUGCGACAUCAGUAUCAGCCCUACACCAUGUUCCGAAGGAAGGAAAAGGUUGCGGAUCCCAAUGCGAGAUUCUACUCGGCGCAACCUGCAGAUCCUGUGCCUGAAAUCAGAUUCGUCCGGUCCGACACUCAUACAGUAGAGGAGCUGACGCUGCCAGUCCACCCCGAUGACGAUGUCGGUCACAAUAGGGAUUAUAACUAUGAUACUGGCAGAAGCAGAAACAGAAGAGGCAGUGACAGCGGCAGCCGUCGACCAUCUAUAUCCUCGUCUUCUCGGAAAGCAUUGAGAUUGUUCACUCGCUCAAGAUCUCCUUCUGACUCAUCUGCUCCACCAACGUCUCCUCGAUGGGAGCAUGGGUUGUCACAAUUGCUUCACCUUGACAGACCAAGCUCACGGCAUUCCAAUGCCAGCUCUACCUCUGUUAAUAUCCCCACUGGUCUCCCAGAAGUUUCCGGUGACAUCGGUGAUAAGCAGGAGAGGGAGUCCCAAUGGGAGCAGAGAGCAACAAUGCUGGUGCAGCAGAACCCGCAGUUUAAGAACUCGCACACAGACUUCGAUGCCCUCGGUUCGGAAUGUAGGCGACCACGGUCUAGGGCAUCUAGUCGGGGGAGCAUCAGUAAUCAGGAAGGAGAUGUCAACAUACAAGAGGCUAUCCGACUCCACGAAGCUGGAGAAUUAGAAAAGUCAACACAGAUGUUUGCGAAGCUCGCUGACCCCCAUGGCGAGAAUAAUGCGCUGAGCCAAGUACUUUACGGACUCGCAUUGAGACAUGGAUGGGGAUGCACACAGGAUCCCGAAAAGGCAGUCAUAUAUCUGUCUGCUGCUGCAUCGAACUCCGCCGCAAUUGAAUCGGAAGCUCUCCGCGCAGGUAUAAAAAAAGGAGGCGCAGCUAAAGGCGAGCUUGUCCUUGCGAUCUUCGAAUUGGCCAACUGCUUCCGCAAUGGCUGGGGCAUCAACAAGGAUCCUGUAGCUGCUAGACAGUACUACGAGACUGCUGCCAAUCUGGGCGAUACGGAUGCUAUGAACGAAGCUGCAUGGUGUUAUCUAGAGGGAUUUGGUGGCAAGAAGGACAAGUACACGGCAGCAAAAUAUUACCGGCUAGCUGAAGAGAAUGGGAACAAGACAUUAGGAAAUUCCUGGAUAUGGAAAGAGAAAUACAAUCCUCAGUGAUAUGUGCUCUCCGGGUAUGAAGUUUGUUCUCCGGAAAUAUGAAGUAUGCGCCACACAAGAUUAUAUACCAUCCUAUAAGUAGCACUAUUUAACCAUUAGUAUCUUGAACAGUCUCCAGCUUCUCAAUAGUGCCAUAAUCUUAUUUUGAGCAGGCCGACACUAAGACUAUAUACAUUAUGCUGCCUGUUAAAACCACCCACGUUGACCCCUAUUUGAGAUGCUAAACUGCACAUAAAGUAUUUCAGUAACCAAGACUAUGAAGUGAUAGAACAGAA